AUUUUCCUACGAAAAUCGAUUACGUCAAGGAGCAAGUGAUAAUCUUGUGAGAGAAUUAAGAUUUCACAAUGACAGUCAAUUUUUUAAUUAUUUUCGUAUGAACGUGGAAAUAUAUCAAGAUUUAUUAAAUUCUGUGGGACCACUGAUAGCAAAGCAAAAUUGUGUCCGAAUAUCAAUACCUGCAAACACUCGUUUGGAAAUUUGCUUGCGCUAUUUAGCUUCUGGUGAUAGUAUGAAAUCACUUUCGUAUGCAUACAGAGUUGGACACAAUACUAUUUCCAAAAUUAUAUCAGAAACUUGUAAUGCUAUUUGGACGUUGUUGAAAGAUAAAGUUUUUCCAUCAUACUGUGAAGAUACUUGGAAGAAAAUUGCCAACGAAUUUGAAAAUCGAUGGAAUUUUCACAACUGCAUAGGUGCUUUGGACGGAAAGCACGUUAUGAUUCAGGCACCUCCACAUAGUGGCUCCACAUAUUACAAUUAUAAACUUUUUCAUAGUCUGGUUUUGCUCGCUGUUUGUGAUGCAGAGUAUUGUUUCACUUUCUUAGACAUCGGAGCUGAAGGACGUCAAAGUGAUGGUGGAGUAUUUCGAAACAGCAACUUAUAUAAAGCACUCGAAGAAAAUUUAAUAAGAAUACCACCACCAGAUGUUAUUGGAAAUAAUGGACCUGUGUUACCAUAUACUUAGUCGAGCAAGACGCGUUAUAGAAAAUGCAUUUGGGAUAUUAGCAACAAGGUGGAGAAUCUACAGAAAACCAAUUAUAGCGUCGAUUUCUACUAG